AUGACGGAAGUUCAGACCAACACGACUACGAUCGAAGAAACAACCUGCCCGACUUCCGCGUAUAAGAACGUCGACUCAAAAGACCCCGAGGACCCUAGCUCCGCUGGCAAGAUGGUAGAAAGACAGAGCGUUGAAGCAAAGUUGAUCUUUGAAGUGAGUGAUGAUGAAGAGAGGGACAGUAUCUCAUCGUCAGUAGAGGAUGGAGAAAUGGAAAGAGGAAAGAAGGAUUCGGAGAAGAAGAAGAAAGCAUCGACCAAAAAGAAGGGGAAACAAAACACAGAGGUGGAUGACUUACUGAACGAUGAUCAAGUCUUGAAGAAGAACAAGACUCGCUAUGAAGGGCUGAUCGAGCACGAUCACACCCUCGAGGGCUCCCGUAUUAAGGCUCCCGUAAUCCAUGCAUAA